CUCUGCAGGGGACAACACAGAUUUUCACUCUACUGCUCCAAGCUACCCAGAUCUGAUGAGAAUAGCCAGAAAAGGCACUACUGCUGAAUCACACAUUUCCAGUAAUCAGAUAUUAAUCAUUAAUGCAAACUUGUUCAGCAAAGUAAACCUUCAAUUGCUGCAGCCGACUGGAACUUUCAUUACAACAGAAAACAGAUAUGACUGCAAAAAUCCGGACAAAACUUUCCAAUCAUCACCAUGCUACAUGAUUCUGAGCCCAGCACGGAUGGAAAGCAUGCAAGGAGCCGGCCGGAUUCCAACCUGGGAUCACUCGCCCCGAAGUCUGGUGCGGAUGCCACUAUACCAGUGGCCGGCGCAUUUGAUGACAAUGGAGCGUGCAAAUGUUGGAGGUCAUUCUGUGAAUCACUGCACCAAAGGUGGAUGCAAAGUGCAUCAGCAGAAGAGGAAACAUACAAGAAUUGACAUGGGGGCCGUGGACAAUUCUGAUUUGAUGGAGAAUGGACGUGAAAGCACAGAGGAACAUCUGGAAAAAUUUCUGAAACGCUCGUUCGCUGCUGUCAUUACUGCGUGGUCGGGAACCUUUCGGAGAGUAGGCCUCAAAAUCCCCGGCCUUGCCUGCUUUGGGCGACCGAGAAAGAGGUCGAAUCGCUCGGACAGAGAUGCCGCUCAGUACUCUGUGUCGGAGAGCUGAUCAGAGCUCGAAGUUUUCGGGUGACUCAGAGUCGGAUUGUGGUCGGCAUGGCAGGGAGAGUUUUUCUUCCUUCUCCCAUCUGCGUGAGAUGUGGGAUAUUUGAGAAACUUUGAACUUUACUGUGCUCACAGGCUGUUCUUCAUCAAGUUAUGGUAUUGUGCACUGUUGUAACUAUAUGUUAUAAUUAUGUGAUUUUGUCAGUUUUUUUAGUAUUGGUUUGUUCUGUGUUUUGUGAUAUCACACCGGAGGAAAUAAUGUAUCAUUUCUUAAUGCAUGCAUUACUAAAUGACAAUAAAAGAGGACUACGUGUCUUCGUAAUCUAUUAAUAUUAAACAGCAUAAUUACAGAGCUACAAGUGGAACACGCAUUUUCUCAUCUACAUUUUCACUGCUAGCAGUUGACCAGGUGCAGUAUUUUCUCUGAAAAGCUAAAAAUUACAGAUAUUGAAAAUAUGAAGUUAAAUUGAAACCCUGGAAAGAAUUACGUCAAGCAAUAUUGUGUUCAUUUGAAUGAGGAGCAUUUUUUAUUUGCUCCCUUUAAAGAAAGUUAUAGAAUCACACAGACUUAUAGCACUGAAACGGGCCCUUUGGCCCAUCUGGUCUGUGUCAAAUUUAAUUUGCCUAGCCCUCCAUAUCCUUCCCAUCCAUGUACCUUUCCACAUUUCUCUUAAAUGUUGAAAUCUCAAAGUCUCUGAACUUUGUUGUCAGGGUUACCUCCAAGCAAAGGAUUUCAAAAACAGCACCAUCAACCACAAUAUGCUGGUGGCGGGAGGACUAAAUGUUUCAAGUUGAAUUUCUAAGUGUGCAACCAGCAGGCUACAUUCUUUUCAGUGAGCACUGCUUCUAGGCUUCCGUCACCCAGGUAAAUGUUCUAGUGCAAACCUGACUUAGAUAUUGAAGAUGACCAUCAACUUGAAAUGUUAACUGCAUCUCUCUGCACAAAUGCAGUGACUUGCUGAAUAUUUCUGGCAUUUGUUUUCUUAGCUCAACUAACUGCUGAAAAUAUGUUCCAAUACAGAGCCUACUACGGCUGUUAGAUUCAUAAAUACUAACAUGUUUUUGAUCUUCCAGAGAAUUACUGCACCUGCAAGCAUGGAUAUAUACACACAAUUCCACAUAAAUAUACUGCAAGUACAAAGACAUUUAAAGAUAUGGGCAUUGGAGAACCUAAAGACAGCAAAAAUCAGGAACGUGUACUGCAAAAUAAUAAAAUGCACAGAUUAAUUUUUUGCAUUUGCACUAAAUUAAUGUUCAACUGUUAAAUGUUCGAGAUCCAGCAUCCUUGACGUGUUCCAAAUUGUCAAAGGGUACUUUGGUAUUGUUACAAUGAAUAUUGUUACUUCCAAUGUCCUAGAACUAGUAGUUUUCAAUUUGCACUUUACCAAUGGUCAAACAGUCAACAAUGAUAAGGUAACCAGCAAGUUGAAAAAGGAACUAGAGAUUAAACCAAAGUUAGUGUGCUUACAAACUUAAGCACAAGAGCUUAAGUAUUCACUUAGACACAAUUUUAAAGCACAGUAUGACAAAGUGCAGUGGGAUAAAUUGCAAAAAAAAUGUACUAAUCAGCUUUCUUAAUG